AUGAACUCCGAGCAGGACCCGCCAUCCGCCCAAAAAUCCCCCAGGACAUGGACGAAGCGAAAACGCAUAUGGGUACUCGCUCUCAGCUUCCUGGCCCUGGCCAUCGUUGUCAUUGUCAUCACCGUCCCGGUCGAGCUCAUAAGGAGACGGAAAUCGGAUGACCCCAGCUAUAGCGACAUGUCAAACCGCCCUAUCCUCGCCGUGAACAAUUUCCCCGACCCGGGUCUUCUCCAUGCCAACGGCACCUGGUUUGCUUACGGAACAAACGCAGCGAUCAACGACACUCAGGUUCCGCAUGCCCCUGUGGCCACUUCCACGAAUUUCAAGAAUUGGACCCGCGUCGAAGAGUACGAUGCGCUGCCCACGAUCGCGGACUGGGAAACCAACGUCAAACACUGGGCUCCAGACGUCAUUCAACGGGACGACAGGAGAUAUGUGUUGUACUACUCCGGUGAGCUGAAAGAUUGGAGACGCCAUCAUUGCAUUGGGGCCGCUGUCUCCGAGAGCAAAGACCCCCUGGGACCGUAUAGUCCCCGUCAGGAACCUCUCGCCUGUCCACGCGACCAGGGCGGCGCCAUUGACCCUUCUCCGUUUCGAGAUGCGGACGGGAAGCUUUACGUUGUCUAUAAGGUUGACGGCAACAGUAUCGGACAUGGCGGCGACUGCAACAAUGGCAUCGAACCAUUGGUGCCGGUUCCGAUCAUGCUCCAGGAGCUGGAGGAUGACGGCGUAACGUCCGUUGGCGACCCCGUCCAAAUCCUCAUGAAUGAAAAGAGUGACGGGCCACUUGUGGAGGCUCCGAAUAUUGUUCGGACAGAGGACGGAGUCUACUAUCUGUUUUUCUCCUCCCACUGCUUUACCUCGCCGAAAUACGACGUCAAAUAUGCCCACUCGACGUCGCUGAAGGGACCGUAUACGAGGGCUGCCAGGGCUUUGCUGAAGAAGGGCGAUUUUGGCCUGGAGUCCCCAGGGGGUGCCACCGUUUCCCCGGAUGGGACACGAAUGGUCUUUCAUGCAAACUGCGAGAGCAGCCGUCGAUGCAUGUACGUUGCGGGAAUCAACAUCACCGUAGACUCUCCGAUCACCCUAACGCAACUCUGA